AUGGUCAAGGUUACCAACAAGACCCUCCACUCCUCGAGGCGCAAGUCUCGCAAGGCACACUUCGGUGCGCCUUCGAGCGUCCGCCGCAACAUCAUGAGCGCUCCCCUGAGCAAGGAGCUCCGUGAGAAGUACAACGUCCGCAGCAUCCCCAUCCGCAAGGACGACGAGGUCCAGAUUGUCCGCGGCAGCAACAAGGACAAGGAGGGCAAGGUCACCUCGGUCUACCGUCUCAAGUACGUGAUCCACGUCGAGCGUGUCACCCGCGAGAAGACCACUGGCGCCUCGGUUCCCCUGGGCAUCCACCCCAGCAACGUCGUCAUCACCAAGCUCAAGCUCGACAAGGACCGUGAGGACAUACUGGCCCGCAUCAAGGCCGGCCGUGUCACCUCGGGCAAGGCCAAGUCCAGCGAGUAAAUCUGGUUUAGCUUGAACCCAACCUCGUUAUGCGGCAAUCAGUCAUGAAACAAAACGAGAGACGACAAAAAAAAAAUUCAAAUAUUAAAAGCGGCGAAAUCGGCUUAUUGGCUUCGGAGUUCUCACUACCCUCG